AUGUAUGACCUCCAAAAAGUCAUUAUCAUUGGAGGAGGACCAACCGGACUCGCAGCUGCGAUCCGUCUGGCUCAACAGAACAAGCUGAGCCCGGUUAUCUACGAGCUACGCGACCCAGAAACUGCAGGUAUUGGGGGAUCUCUAGGCAUUCCUGCAAAUGGUCUGCGAGUUCUACACCGACUCGGUCUCUGGGACACGAUUAUCCCGCGCAGUGUCGAAAUCACCAAAACUGUCCUACACUCCACAUCUGGCAGUGUGCUGAGCGAAGUCGAUGUCUCUACGGAAGCUAAACGAAAGACAGGCUUCGGCUAUCUCCGGAUCAAUCGGGUGGAUCUGGUCGAGUUACUGCGGGAGGCCACGCAGAAAUACCAGAUCCCUAUCCACUACAACAAACAGGUCACCUGCAUCGACGACCAUGGGGACUCCGUCACGGUGACCUUUUCCGACGGCACUAGUGACACGGCCCCCCUUCUCCUUGGUUGUGAUGGAAUACACUCGUCUGUGCGCAGGCUACACGUCGAUCCCGAGAUUACGCCCGUCUAUUCUGGCAUUGCAGCGAUAUCAUCGAUUGUGGACGACCUAGUAGACCGAGAACCCGAGGAUGCGACCUGCCUGCAUUCAACAAUUACACCCCACGGUAUGCUGGCCACUGCGCCGUGUGCCGCCAAGCAAAUCUUCUGGUUCUUUAGCAAGGAGGUGCCUCUGCCCGCAGGGACAUCCUCGGCCGACGUCCGUGACGGCUGGUCACUUCACCGACAGAAAGAGCUGGCGGAUUGUCGUAAUUCACUCGCGACUGUACUGGGCAGCGUGCAUGGAAGGUGGGGGCAAUAUCUGCGGCAGCUAGUGGACGCUAGUAGGGAUUUGCAUUUCUACCCGCAUUAUCGCCUGCCACUCGGUGGGCGGUGGUUUCUGCCCUCAGCUACACCACAAGGAUUCCCUCGGGUGUUGCUGAUGGGAGAUGCCGCCCAUGCCGUGCAACCUCACGCUGGACAGGGUGUCUCCCUCGCGUUUGAGGAUGUGCUACUGCUUUCUGGACUGUUGGAAAAGUAUCAAGCUGGGGACUAUGCGGACCUAGGUCAGGUUUUUAGCCGAUUUGAUGAGAUCCGCCGCCCGCGCAUCCAACGCAUCAAUGAGGUUGCAUUACACAAUGGCAGGAUGCGCCGUAACCAGUCCCCGUGGGCGGUGUGGUGCAAAGAGUGGUAUAUGUGGAUUAUGUUGCACGUCAAUCGAUUCUGGGGCAUGUCUAUGUCUGGGGUGUUGAAUGGGGAUGUUCUGUAUGACGUGGAGACUGAACUGAAAUAG